CUAGCGCAAGACAAGCAAUUAGCCAAGUAUGUGGCCAUUAAAGUUAGCAUAGCGGACCACAGCUCCCAGGAGGUUAACAUUCUGAGCCAAUUUUCCACCUGUGCCGUCAAGAACGUACAGUUUGGCAGAAGUUUAAUCCCUCAGAUGCUAGAUUGCUUUAACCUCAACAGACUAAAUAGAACAUAUCUAUGCUUUAUUACUGCGCCAGCAAGGUGCAACGUUGCCUAAGUCUUGAAGCCAGGCUCUGGCCCGUUCCAGCUUCAUGUCGCCAGAUCACUUGCCGCCCAGCUUGCUAUAGCAGUUGCAUACACAACCGCUCCACCAGGUGUUCUACCCCAUGUCUAUCCGCCAAUCUGGCUCGUUAAGCCUAGCAAUAAAGUCACCCUUACUAAAGCUAAGCUCGUUCUUGCUAAUUUUAGUACAGUGUUCUGCCCUACACAGGAAUCAAGGUUUAAGUCCUACACGCCACUUUAGAUCCGUCCACCUAAAGCAAGGUUUAAACUAACAACGCCGCUGUCGUAUAUAUCUGAUAUCUGGAGUCUCAGGUGUGUAAUUUGGGGAAUGCUUAAAGUAGGACCAUUCCUUAAUAAUAGGUUAUUUAGGCCA